AUGAAGAACCACAGCGGUGGUCGCGGCGCAGUCGCCGUAGUGUCAAACGAAGACUCGAAGAGGAAGGUUGAAGACCGACUUGGGCUCGGCGACUGGAGAAUCAAUGACACCGGAGAAUGGAGAACCACAGCGGUGGUCGCGACUAGCGAUGCAGUCGCCGCAGUGUCAAACGAAGACUCGAAGAGGAAGGUUGAAGACCAACUUGGGCUUGGCGAGUGGGGAAUCGAUGACAACGAAGACCACAGUGGUGGCCGCAGCAGUGUUAAACGAAGAGAAAGGUUGAAGACCAAGGGACUAGGGUUUUUGGUAGGACUUGAGGGGAGUUCGAUUGGGCAGUCAUGGCUUGAUGCAAUAGGAAAGACCUUAGAUGAGGGAUCAACUUUUGAACGUGUUGGCUCGAGGCAGUUAGCAGGCUUGAUCAUAGCUGUGUGGAUCAGAAAAAGACUUAGACCGCAUGUUGGGGAUGUUGAUGCUGCUGCAGUUCCUUGUGGUUUUGGACGUGCUAUUGGUAAUAAGGGGGCUGUAGCUUUGAGGAUGAGAGUUUAUGAUCGGAUAAUGUGCUUUGUGAACUGUCACUUCGCAGCGCAUUUGGAUGCAGUUAAUCGCCGCAAUGCUGACUUUGAUCAUGUAUAUCGAACAAUGGUGUUCAAUCGACCAAAUACUUCAGCUGCUGGUGUCUCGUCUGCCACUCAGUUGCUUCGAGCUACAAAUUUUGUGGGUGCCAACUCUGAAGACGGUAGACCUGAGUUAUCUGAAGCAGACAUGGUUGUCUUUCUUGGUGAUUUCAAUUAUCGGCUUCAUGGAAUUUCUUAUGAUGAGGCAAGAGACUUUGUUUCACAAAGAUGCUUUGACUGGCUCAGAGAAAGGGACCAGCUUCGAGCAGAAAUGAAAGCUGGGAAAGUCUUUCAAGGAAUGCGUGAAGGGAUCAUCAGAUUUCCUCCCACAUAUAAGUUUGAACGGCACCAAGCUGGUUUAGCAGGGUAUGAUUCUGGUGAGAAGAAGCGGAUACCUGCCUGGUGUGACAGAAUUUUGUACCGUGACACCCGUUCAGCUUCAGUAUCUGAAUGCAGUUUGGAGUGCCCUGUAGUCUCUUCAAUUUCACAGUAUGAGGCUUGCAUGGAUGUCACUGACAGUGACCACAAGCCCGUACGGUGCAUGUUUAAUGUUGAUAUUGCUCGUGUAGAUGAGUCAAUAAAGAGACAGGAGUUUGGGGAAAUCAUGGUAUCUAAUGAGACAAUAAGGUCUAUGCUUGAAGAAUUAUAUGAUGUUCCAGAGACUAUUGUUAGCACCAACAACAUAAUUCUACAAAACCAGGACACAUCCAUUCUGCGAAUCACCAACAAAUGCUUGAACGACAAAGCUAUGUUUGAAAUCAUUUGUGAAGGACAGUCAACAGUCAAGGAGGAUGGGCAAGCAUCUGAACAUCAUCCUAGAGGUUCCUUAGGCUUUCCCCACUGGCUGGAGGUAACUCCAGCAGCUGGCAUAAUAAAACCUGGCCAAAUUGCUGAAGUAUCAGUCCUUCAUGAGGAGUUCCAUACCCUCGAAGAGUUUGUUGAUAGUGUUCCACGGAACUGGUGGUGUGAAGACACAAGAGACAAGGAAGUGAUACUAGUUGUGAAUGUACGAGGCAGUUGCACCACUGACAGAAGAUGCCACCGGAUUCGUGUGCGACAUUGCUUGUCAUCUAAGACUCUACAUAUUGAUUCAAGGUCUGGUGACUCUAGGAGAUUUCAAGGAAAUGUUCUUCAUAGAGCUGACUUCCGACACCUCAGCGGUUCCUCUGAUGUGGCUGAUGACGUAUGCUAUUUGCAUAUCCAUGAUGUGGCCAAAGACUGAAACUGGGAAAGAAACCCACUCAUCAGUUGAGGAGUGACCAAGGCAACCAUCCACCCGAUGCCGAAGGCAUCCUUCUCGAGACUGCAUCUAUACAUGCAUCUUGAUGUAAAUACCAGAGGCCUGAUCAUGAUUUUUAUGCAUCAUGGAGCAGGUUCAAUUUGUCUGCAAGCAAUUUUAUUCAAUACUCCUAUUUAAUUUCAUUACGCAGAAUCGAUUCUUUGACCCAAAAUGUUUACUCUUUUUCUUCCUUUUUUGAGUCCAAUACAUUGUAUUCUAGACUGACCAAUCAUUCAGAUUUGUGUAGAAAAGAAAUACUGCAGGCUGCAGGAGUGGUUGAUUUUAGUGUAUUCUUAGUAGAGGUUUUCUGAAUAAUUGUUGUGUCCAUCAGCAGCUAUCAGAAGGGGAACAUGGAGAGUUGUUUUACAUUAGCAAUUGGCUUUCAAGAAAUAUUGUUCUGGUCCUAAUUUUGUA